ACGGCCGACCGGCCUCGGGCUCAGCAACCGGCGCUGGAAGGCGGGCGGCGAGCUCGGGGCGCGCGGGACCAGCGCCGCCCUCCUCUCGGAAGAGUCGACGUACCGCACCAUCCACGACUACUUUGAGGGCUCGAUCCAGUCGCGGCGCUGGGUGUUCGCGUCCGACACAGACUGCGAGCUGUCGACGCCCGGCGGCGUCGAGAUGGGCAAGCUGAUCGCGCAGUUCCACGAGCGGUGGAAGGUGGCGGCGCCGCUGCUGGCCAAGCCCGGCACGCGCGACGGCGCCGAGGGCGUCAAGCUGGCGCGCAUCUGCUUCGCCGAGCUGCCGCGCAUGAUCGACGGGCGGUCGCUGGGGGCCGAGGACCCCAACCUCAUCACCUUCAUCCUGGUCGUGCUGUUCCACAUCCGCAAGGCCGGCCCGCAGCUGCGCUGGGUCGAGACCCAGCUGGCCCGCCACCUGGCCGACCUGGCCACGGUGCUGCCCGGCGCCCGCCCCCACGCCGCCGUGUGGGCCAUGCUGCGCGAGGCCGUGAUCGCCGGCACCAUGACGGACCACCUCAGCCUGCAGAUCACGCGCGUGCUGGUCGACGCGAGCAGCCGCCUGCUGGGCCGUCUGCACGUCAAGACCAUCGAGCUGCUGAUCUGCGGCGUGUGCAACUUCGAGACGGGGCCGGCGGCCGUCGCGGCCCAGGAGGUCAUGUUCGCCGAGAUGCUGGCCGACCUCGACGCCCUGGGCAGCUUCGACGAGCGCCACGCCGGCGUGCGCAUGAACCUGGCCAUGUUCUACAACUACCACGGCAUGCCCGAGCGCGCCGGCCAGGUGGCGCGCGCGCUGCUCGACGACCCGUGGAUGCUCAACGAGGCCAAGCGGUACCGCGGCAUGGCCUUCCAGUUCUACCGCGAGUGGGCCGAGAGCUGCCACGCCCAGGGCCGCCUCGAGGAGGCCGAGCAGGGCUACCGUGACGCCCACGCCGCCACCAUCGAGGAGAUCGAGAAGGGCCUCGGCGGCCGCGGCCACACCAUCGACGCUCUGGUCCGUCUCGAGGCCGUCCUGCGCGAGAUGCACAAGGACGCCGAGGCCGACCAGGUCGCCGCCGAGCGCGAGGACUGGAUCCGGGACGACCUUAAGGGCGUCGGCGAGAUUGAGGAUGCUAUCCUGCCUGAAUAGUUCUCUAUUUCUCUUGUUUUGUAGUCUGCUGUUGCAGCACACACAAGCUGUUCUAUGACUAAUGUGUUUCUUUAUAGCUACCUCUUUCUUGUUUUGACAGCGUUGGCGCUGUCGUUUCUUCUCUCCGCUUUUCUUCGUGUAUUAUUCUUUAUAAUCCUUUGGGGCGCUCUCUUUUGAUAUAUAUAUAUUUACGUUUCUGGAAUUGGUUAUGAACGAGCAUGACGGCAGGGUUUCGCAAGCGUCGGGUAUCUGGCUGGGUUAUAGGAGUGGCGGCUUUUCGUGUACACCGGGGUUCGAUAACAAAAAACCUCAUUAUCUCUCAUAUUUAACUAGUUAUUAAACUAUAUUACUUAUCAACUCCCUUUCUCUUUGGA